CCAUUACUUGUGCGUCUCUGAGCCACAGAACCGCUACAAAUACACCCCCACACGCCUGGUGACUAGCGACGACAGAACCCUCACGUACGCCUAGAUCUCAUCUCUUGUUCUCUUUCAUUCGUUUCCUCUCUCCCUUUUUCUCGCAUUCUGUUGUUGUGUGCAGAGUCUGCUCUCAUGGCGCCGACUGCCCAUAUUGCGGCGGUGCCCGCGCAAGAGCGAAUUGGAGGCUGCGCGUGCGCGUGCAAGACGGCGGUGAGGUGCCACCCGGCGCUGUCGUCGGAGGGGAAGGCGUCAAUCAGGGGAGUCGUCGGCAACCUGCUCGCGGCCGCCGGCAAGGACAAGGGCCUCCUCUCCCUCGGCGUUGGCGACGCCUCCGCGCACGCCUGCUUCCGCCGGGGCGGGGAGUUCGCUGCCGACGCCGUCGCCUGCGCCGCCAGGUCCGGGGACUUCGACUGCUACGCGCCCUCCUACGGCUUCCCCGCCGCACGCCGCGCGGUCGCCGACCACCUGUCUGCCGGCACACACCACCGCAUCCGGGAGUCCGAUGUGUUCAUGACGGUUGGUGGUACAGGCGCGAUCACUGCCAUCACCACGGUGCUCGGUGGGGCUCCAAGGGCUAACAUCCUGCUGCCCCGACCGGGCUUUGCCCCCUACGAGGCAGCCUGCGAGCUUGUCGGCGCCGAGCCUCGGUUCUACGAUCUCCUGCCCCAGCAAGGCUGGGAGGCCGACCUUGCAGGAGUACGCGCCAUGGCUGAUCGCGCCACAGCAGCCAUAGUUGUCAUCAAUCCAAACAAUCCAUGUGGCGCGGUCUACUCUACGCAGCAUCUUCUCCAGAUUGCUGAAACUGCAAAAGAGUUGGGGAUUCCAGUAAUAGCGGAUGAGGUAUAUGCACAUAUGGUCUUUGGUGCCAGCAAGUUUGUGCCCAUGGCCUCAUAUGCGCACAUCACACCAGUUAUCACCAUUGGAGCCAUCUCAAAGAGAUUCAUGCUACCAGGAUGGCGUCUCGGUUGGUUGGCAUUCUGUGAUCCUAAUGGUACAAUCAAGAAUGUCAGAGCUGCAACUGAGAUGCUACUGAACGUGACUUCAGGACCAGCCUCAGUCAUUCAGGCAGCAGUUCCUCAGAUUCUUUUGGAUGAACAUGACGAGUUCCAUCAGAAUGUUGUGAACUUGCUAGGGUCUGCUGUGGAUGCUCUCUACAGAAGAGUGAACCAGAUUGAAGCUCUGAAAUGCUACUCAAAGCCUCAUGGUUCAAUGUUCAUGAUGGUUGAAAUCAACACUUCACUUCUGUUCGGCGUUGCAGAUGACAUAGACUUUGCUUGCGAAUUGAUUAAAGAAGAAUCAGUUCUUAUUUUACCUGGUUCUGUCCUUGGGUUGAAGAACUGGGUUAGGAUAUUCUUUGGGGCACCUGUUGAUCUAAUACUGGAAGCCUGCGAUAGGAUUGAAUCGUUCUGCCAGAGAAAGGCAGGUCAAGCAAAACUACUGAAAAAAAAGUUCUGAAACCAGCAUAUAGGGUUUUUGUUAGCUCAAUAACAUUUAUACAGCCUCUGAUUUCAGUUCUCAGAUGAAUAUUUUAUGUCAUACAGCUGAAAUUUGUAUAUAGAAUCUGAGGAACAGUUAGCAGAUAGUUUGUAGCAGAAUAAAAGUCUGCAACAACUUUACAGAAUAAAGGUUAUCUCAAUAAGCAUUCCUUA